ACAGAAGAAGAAGAAGAAUUUUUGUUUUGGUUCAUCUGUGAAGAGAAUAGUCAGUGUCAGUGUUUAGGUUAUGUUGAAUGUGGCGUGUACAGGAAUGGAUUUGUGCAAGAAGUUAUUCGGACUUCAACUAAUAUGUUUCUUUACAUUUAUUUAUGGAAUGCAGAACUUCCAGACCAAACAAAAUGCUCAGAAAAUAACAAUGGAGGGGCUGACAGACAUAAAAGAUUUCAAAAAGAUCCUUCGCACUAAGAAUAAUGUCCUGGUGUGUUAUGUCAGUUCUUUGAAGCAGGCAUCAAAUAUCAUCAAAAUAUUUAGGGAGGCCGCUGAAGUUGUGAAAGGCCAGGGUACAAUGCUGUUGGUGGAUUGCUCUGGGGAAGCAAAGAAGUUGUGCAAGAAGCUGAAAGUGUCUCCAGAGCCAUUUUUGUUGAAGCAUUAUAAAGAUGGAGAUUUUCACAAAGACUAUGACCGUUUGGAGACAGUGCAGUCAAUGGUGAAUUUUAUGCGUGACCCUACAGGGGAUGUACCAUGGGAGGAAGACGGCACAGCUGUGGAUGUUGUCCACAUACCAGAUGCUUUGAAUUUGGCUAAAUUCCUGCGAAAGGAGGUGCGGCCCAUUCUAGUUCUGUUUUAUGCCCCAUGGUGUGGAUUCUGCAAGCAGUUGAAACCCGAGUUUGCUCUUGCUGCUACAGAACUGAAGGGUCAUUCUGUUUUGGCAGCCAUUGAUGCGAACAGACCAGAGAAUGUCAUCGUUAGACAGCAUUUCAACAUUACAGGAUUUCCCAUAAUGCUGUACUUCGAAAAUGGGAACUUGAAGUUUUUGUAUGAAGGGGAAAACAACAGGAAUGGUCUAGUUGGUUUCAUGAAGAAUCCAAGUAAACCUCCAGAGAAACCGAAGGACGAGGACUGGUCGGCAGUCGAGAGUGACGUCGUGCAUUUAACAUCAGAGAACUUCGACACUGUCAUUACAAGAGAGCCGUCUGUUCUGGUGAUGUUCUACGCUCCUUGGUGUGGUCACUGUAAGAAGAUGAAACCGGAAUAUGAGAAAGCUGCUGCCGUUCUGAAAACUGAGAAAAUCACAGGCAUUACAGCUGCUAUAGAUGCGACUAAGGAACCAGCAGUUGCAGCAAGAUACAAUGUACAAGGCUACCCCACUGUUAAGUACUUUAAGGCAGGACAGUUUGCAUUUGACGUAAAUGUGCGAGAUGCAUCAAAGAUAACAGAAUUUAUGCGCAAUCCUCGCGAACCUCCUCCUCCUCCCGCACCUGAAACAGCGUGGAGUGAAGAGCCAUCAGAAGUCGUCCAUUUAACAGCGGAGACAUUCAAGACAUUCUUAAAAAAGAAGAAACAUGUCCUUGUCAUGUUCUAUGCUCCCUGGUGUGGACAUUGCAAAAAGGCAAAACCAGAAUUCACAGCUGCAGCUGAACACUUCAAAGAUGACCCUAAAGUGAAGUUUGCUGCUGUGGAUUGCACGAAAUUUUCAAGCAUAUGCGGAGCUGUGGAUGUAAAGGGAUACCCCACAAUCAAAUACUUUCACUAUCACAACAAAGAAACCAAAAGCUAUAAUGGAGGCCGCAUGGAAGUGGACUUUGUGAAUUUCAUGAAGAACCCACUUAGUCCAGUUUCAGAGGCCUUCACAGCACACGAGAAGACUGACGGGGACGAAUGGGGUAAAUACGAGGGGGCAGAAAGUCUUGUCCAUCUUUUGGAUGAUACCUUCGACGCUUUCAUCAGCUCGGGAGACCCAGUAUUAGUCAUGUUCUAUGCACCUUGGUGUGGUCACUGUAAGAGAAUGAAGCCCUCAUACAGUCUGGCAGCACUCCAGAUGAAGCAGGAACAUAUCCGCGGUGUCCUUGCGACAGUGGAUGCCACAGUAAACCCUAAAUUGUCUAACAAAUUCAACAUCUUGGGAUUCCCAACGUUAAAGUUCUUUAAUAAUGGGAUAUUUGUAUCAGAUUAUGACAGAAAACGAACUGCGGAAGAUAUCAAGAACUUUAUGAAGUUGCCGUCUCCAGUCAUCGGCGAUAAGGACGAACUUUGAAAUAAUCCUGCUCUCGUUGUGUGGACUGCUGCACCGAUAAAUGGUCAUGUACAAUACACUUCACUCCAUUAUGAUGCAGUCUAGUAUAACAUGAAUCUACUUGGACCCCAAAAUUUUAUUCUGGCUUGGCAGUGGUGAGACACUUGUUUAUGGACUGUGUCGACUUCAGUGAUGUUCUGGGUUUUGAUGCUGCGAAGGUUCAUAAGUAGAUACCAACUUUUGGAGAAACAGUCUCCUCCAAUUCAGCCCAGAAGAUGGAGACUAUGAUUUUCUGAGAUGUUGGUAUCUAUACAAAUCUACGCAGCACAAAAACCCAAAAUUUGCAAAUAUCUUAAGUGCCACUAGAACCUCAACUCUCACAUAUUUGGACUUUAUUUUAACAAGGCUUGAGAGUAAUGAAUCUUUGUUGUUCUCCAGUUCUUUUAUCAGAAAAACUCAGGCUGCAAGUAACCUGCAGAGGAUAAGUAAACAUGACUGUGAUUCCUAUUCCAACUGAUGAUCUCUGGUAGUUUUGAUUCAUCUGGGACAAAUCAGAUUCAGGUUAUGGACUAAAUGACUGAGAAUUCUUCUACAGAAGAUUUUAAUUCAUCUUCAAAAUGUGUUUUAG